CUCUCAGUUGUUGGUUCAGCUAUAUCAAGUCGGAAACCGAUCACUAUUAAUAUAAAACAGUGAGCAUAACUCACUUUCAACCUAUACUUUCAGCCAUGCAUCAACUCGGCAGUUCCAGUCCAGUCCCUUGUGAACUUGGCAAUGCAGUUAGAACUGGCGAAUUGCAGGACUCUCACAACGAUAUCGCCUCUGGUUCUGUCGUUGAGAAACCUGCAGCAGCAUCAGAAACAUUAGCCAAUGAAGCAAUGCUGGACAUUGCAACCACAGAGUCGAUUGCUGAUAUGAUUGCAGAAACUAGCUAUGCCAGAGUAACGGCAGCUACCGAACUGGACUCGCCGCCUGGUUUGGAUUCAAGGUCUGAAAUUGUAUUUCUUCGUUCUCGAAAAUCACGUGUUGUUUCAAAUGUCGAGUUUCUUGAUCACGAUAUUAUUAUGGAGCAGGACGAUGCAGAGCAGGACGAUGCAGAACAUGAUCCGGAAGAUGAUAUUGAAGAGGAAGAGACUAUCUAUGAAAACAAAAAGAAGCCAGAUCCUAUCCUGAUCAAUUCUACUGGUCCACCUUCCCCAACACUUCCACGCAUUGACUCGAAAAGGCCACUGGACGAUGACACUUGUGCUGAUGACAGCCAUCUGCAUGUUGAAUCUAAAAAAAUUGCCGCGCUUGUUUCCGAGGAAACACCUUUUCAGUCUGAAACAAUGGAGAUUGAUGAGAAACAGCAAGAUAUAUCUAUGCCUUUCAAUUUAAAUGUAAAUGCCGGACUGCACACGGAUUUGAGACCGUCGCAGGAAACUCCGUGCUCAGACACUACAGAUCCGUCAAGCGCUCACUCUUUGGCCUUCAACAUUUCACUUUCUUCUGCUCACUCUUCAUCUUCUUCAUCUACUUUUUUACCUUCAACCACUGUGGAUUCUCAGCGGGAACAGAGUUCCCAGUCUACCAUUCAGCCAUUACUACAUCACAAUUUAACUUGGUCUGUUGCUGCACAAGAAGGAUAUCGUAUUUCAAAUCCAUACACUCGUGCACAAACAAAAUUGCACGACCAUAUUGAAGAUGUACAUUUCCCUGCCAUGGCUGAUCAGCCCUUGCCUUUUACGUAUGACAAUGAAACUGGAGACUAUCCGCGGCUGGCCCGCUCCCUUAUGGCAUCCAACGGAGCCAAAGUUUUUAUUAUUGCCGAUGGGCAUGGGGGUGCUGCCGCACCUCGGUUUUUUGCAUCUCGUCUUGCCCAUGAUCUCUUGCUGUUAUUAGACUCACGCGAAUGGGAUUUGUCUGAACUUGACCAUCGCUCCUCGCUUUCUUCUGAUAUCUGUGCCAUUUUCAAGUUAUUGGAUGUAGAGUAUGCAUCCAUGAAAGUGGCGGAAUAUCGUGCAUGGAUGGAUGCGGGUAUGAUGCCUCACAAUAAGCCGCUUGAUGAUGGGUGUACAAUGGUGGUGAAUAUAGUCAUGACGGAAUGGAUUGUUAAUUGUAAUGUUGGUGACUCUCGCACUGUGAUUGGAGCUAAAUUUCCCUGGUUAGCUCAUGGUAACAACAGUAAUUUGGAACAGGGAAAAGUAAAUCCAGCAACCAACGAAAACAGCAAUGGAUCGGGCACAUCUCAAUGGAUUCAGCUGUUUGCCUCUGAUGAUCACAACAUGAUGCAUCCCGAGAAAGUUGCUCGUAUUCAUGGGAAUGGAGGAAAGUUCCUCGAUCCUCAAGGAACCAGCUUUAUGUCUGUAGAUAUUCAGCCAGUCAGCAUUAGAGGUAUGAAACCUUAUACAGAGCUCAACGGAUCUCGCAUUUUCCGUCCACUUUCAUCAUCAAUUCGCGCAGUUGGCUGUUCACAUCGACGUACUCUUAACCUCACUGCAACCAUGGGUGAUUUACUGUUUAAAAUUGAACCAGCCAUUCUGUCAUCUCUUCCCGAUAUUCGCUUUAUCAAACUAGAACCAGGUAUGGACUAUGUUCUUGUGGCAGCAACAGAUGGUGUUUGGGAUCACAUGUGUAUUCAAUACCCACCAGCAGCACAGAAUGACAAGGUGUUAGACUUUAUCACCAAGGCAGUUCAAUCUGUAGCUACUCCUACUCCAUCCCAGCCUGCAACUACAAAUACGUCAAAUGUAACAACUGCGAUACACUCUCCCUCUGCAAGUACUACCCUGGAUAAUACGCUUACUCCAUCUGUUUAUAAUAUUGACCUUGAACCCACCGAAUUGCCCAGUCUAACACUUUCCUCGACUACUGAUUUGGGAAAUUCAUUUUCUGCUCUCCCACCACUAAUGUUUCCGGCAAGCCCUCUACCAGCAUCUCCAGCACACACUCUCAUACCACAUACAUCGACAUCGACUGAGCAGAAUGCAUUCACCACUGCAAAAUCUACCACAUCUAGCAGCGAUUGCAUUUCAGAAUUGUCAACUUUAUCCCACACCUCAUCCAUGAAUCCCUUGUUUGAUGCUGUGACGUACUGUGCUCAAGCACUGGUACGUCGGGAAGUAGAUCCACUUCUAGGACAGUACAAGGAUCAUGGGUUGUUUGUUCCCAUGCUUGGUCGAUACGACGAUGCUACAGCAAUGAUUUUAUAUUUUUCUCAGCAAGUGCCGAAUGGCGAUAUCUUGCCUGUGCGGUGAUUUGAUGGAGAACCAUUGUUUUUUGGAGUCCUGAAUGGAUUAGACGGAUGAGUUUGAAUCCGUUAUUUUACUGAACUUUGUUUUAUAGCAAUGUGAUGCUCAUAUUUUUGAAAUGUCUAAUAUUAUUUGUUUUGAAUGAAUGAAUUUGUCGAGAUAUCGU